AUGGAGAUAUUCUGCCGCAACAUCCCGGAGCAGGUGCAAGAGAAACAUUUGAGAAAGGAGCUCAAACCUAUCCUGGAACACUUUCAGAUAUCCGCUUUUGAUUUCCAAAAGGUGGGCAAGAAAAAUGGUAAAAUCACAGUUGCAGAUGCGAGGAAAGGCCAGCGCUUCCUCGACGCAUAUGAAUCCCGCCCGAGACCUACACAGGGCACAUCCAAGCCAUUCAGAUCUCCCGCCACUCUGAAGCUAUACGGUUUCGCCGUUCACAUAUGUAAAAGCCAUAAUGCACCCCAUGAUUUGCUUCUACGAUCUCUUCAGGAAGAAGAGGAAGAAAAGCGCGUUGCACAUUUUGCUCCCGCCCCAAGAUCAAUUACAGGGGAAAUUAACAGGGUUAGACGUUUUCAGGUCACUAUGAUGUCCUGUGGAUCGUGGGAUUACCGUGAAAAUCAACCAGUAUUUAUUGAAUACUUUCGACUGCCAUACACCGGAUUCAUCAAUCUUGGGAAGACAGCAUUUGAUGCCACUUUUACAGAUUUUCGCGAUAUGACAAAAUAUAGCAUGGAGGUGCCCUACUGGAAUAUAGCUGACUCUAUUUACGUGGGAGCAUAUGCUAAAGCAUCCGUGACUAUUACUACCUUUGUGGCCCCUAGGUUCUAUAUUUCUGAUUCUAUAGAGCAAGUGAAAGUGAAAAUGGCACUGCUCGGGAAAAGCGGACGGCCACCACCAGCUAAGAGAAGAGUCGGCCACCUUCUACCUGAGCACGAGAAAACUGCUGCAAGAUGUUUUACCUACCGAUUUGCCCUUCAGGACCCCCGGGAUACCGGUGUCAAACUAGUAUGGAAUGGAGAUCUUUCACUGGACCGGGCCUCGCUAUUUUUUCCUGUUGUCCUUCGGCUUUAUAAACAACACAAUCCUGAUACUAUUGCCCAAGCGCUUAGCCGACUAAGCCGAGACUUACAGUUUCCAUCACCCGGUGUAUUGCCCUCUGAGGUUGGAAUUGAAGCAAUUACAGAAGUUUUUGAAAACACUAUCGACUCUAUUCUGAGAAAUGGGAGUGAGUUGGAUUUCAACCUCGUUCAUCAAAAUAACGUGCUGGUGCAUCGCGCAAUGGUUACCCCUUGCGGAAUUUAUCUCCUCGGCCCGUAUGCUGAAGUAAAAAACCGAAUUCUACGCAAGUACUUGGGCAAUACUGAUUAUUUCCUUCGUGUCGAGUUUCUGGACGAGAAUGGUGAUCCUGUUUUUUUCGACCCAAACGCAAAUUUGGAGAAAAUCUUUCAUGAAAGGUUUUCUGGGGUUAUGAAGCGCGGAAUUGAAGUUGCUGGUCGUAAUUUCAACUUUCUCGGAUUCUCUCAUUCGUCUUUACGAUCCCAGACAUGUUGGUUUGCAGCUCCUUUUACUACACCAGAUGGGGAGUACCUCGACGCUAGAACAAUAAUCAACAGCAUCGGUCACUUUGAUCAUAUACGUUCUCCUUCCAAACAGGCGGCUAGGAUUGGCCAAGCAUUUUCUGAUACCCUCACCUCCAUCUCUGUCUCUAAAGAGGCUGUAAGAUUGAGAGUACCAGAUGUUGAGAGAAAUGGACGUAUUUUCAGCGAUGGGGUUGGGGUUAUUUCCCGCGAGUUGAUGUACAAGAUCUGGAAUGAAUAUGCUCUGCGAGAGAAGGUGAAGCCAACUGUUUUCCAGAUAAGAAUUGCUGGAGCUAAGGGGAUGGUUUCACUUGAUACCUCGAGACAAGGUGAAUUCUUGAUGCUUAGAGAAUCCAUGGUGAAAUUUCCAACAGAUGAUUCAUAUAAUAUCGAGAUUUGCGGAGCCGGUAUUAAAGCAUUGCCAUUUUAUCUAAACAGCCAGAUUAUCAAGAUUUUGGAAGACUUGGGGGUUCCAUUUGCGGCUUUCCAUCAAUUACAACAAGACGAAAUUCUCUCUCUAUAUUCGACAUUCAACUCCACAGAACAAGCUGCUAAAUUCCUUGAGGAUUCACCUGUACCUAGAUCGCUCCGUUUGCCAUGGUUACUCCUAGUCUUAAAGGGCUUAGGACUACGCUAUACUCUAGACCCCUUCUUACAUCGAAUAAUGGAGCUGACAACUCUAUUGAAACUUCGUGACCUGAAAUACCGCGCUAGAAUCCGUGUCCCUAAUGCUGUUACACUCUACGGAAUAAUGGAUGAGACGGGCUACCUAAAGGAAAAUGAAAUCUACUGUGUGUUUCUCUCCGAGGAUGGCCGACGAGAAAUUCUUGUUCGUGAUAACGUUGUUGUUACUCGGUCGCCAGCUCUACACCCAGGGGAUGUUCAGGUUGUGAAUGCAGUUGAUGUCCCAGCCAAUUCACCUCUUCGCAGGCUACAUAACUGUGUUGCAUUCAGUCAACAUGGAGUUCGCGACCUUCCAAGUAUGUUAAGCGGUGGAGACCUUGACGGAGACCUUUACAAUAUCAUUUAUGAUACCCGAUUGAUCCCUCAACAGACUUUUCCGCCAGCCGAUUAUCCCUUAGUUAAAACUAGGGAACUAAACAGAAAGGUCGAAAGCAAUGAUAUUAUCGAUUUCUUUGUGACAUUUAUGCAACAAGAUCAAUUAGGCCGAAUUGCAACUACUCACCAGGCGAUUGCGGACCAGUCAUCACUUGGUACUAGAGAUGAAACCUGUUUAAAGCUUGCUCACUUACAUUCUGUUGCGGUUGACUACUCUAAGAGUGGAAUCCCAGUCAAUGUCUUGGAUAUUCCAAGGGCUCCCCGAAUUCGCCCGGACUUUAUGGCUCCGAGCCCCAGAAUUCUGAUUGAAGACAGCAUUGAAGACAGCAUUGAACACAUCAUACGUGAAACAGAAAAAACUGUCCAAGAGGACGACGAUGACAACGACCGCCCAAGGAUCCGAUAUUACAAGAGCCAUAAUAUCCUGGGGCGCCUCUAUCGUUCUAUUGAUGAACAAAGCUUCCUCCGUCGACUUCGAGACGUAGGAACGGUUAACAAUGACAGCCGUAAGAGUGUACUGCAAUCAAUCUGGAGAUAUGUGGAGAAAGAGGUAGAUGGUUUUUUUUGGAACCAUCUUACAGGGAUCUGUCAUGACAUCAAAGAGAUUUACGAGGAUCAACUUCGAGAGUUGAUGCGUCAAUACUCAGCAACACCAUGGAAGAGUUCUAUCACAGAAUAUGAAGUAGUUGUGGGCACAAUUCUUGGCCCCGGGCAUAAACAACGUCGAAGAGACAAAGAGACCUCUAAGGAGAUGCGAGCAUCAUACAGCCGUCUUGUUGAAUUCACAAUUUCUAUGAUCAGGGAUACGGAAUCUGGUGGAACAGAGGCCCUCGAGCGCUCUAUUGCAUGCUUUUGGGUAGCCAUCAACGAGCAGAGUUUUUCACAAAAGCCAGGUUUUCGGAAUGCAAAUCAGGAGAAGCUACUUAGCUUUCCUUGGAUAGCUGCCGUGACAUGUCUGGACGAGGUUGAUAAAUUUCAGAGAUCUGCUCCCCUCUGA